AUGUCAGUUGUUGGAUCGCUCAUAUUCUGCUCUUAUUGCGGAGACUUACUUGACUCACAUAGUGCAAGUUCCGAUAUUCAGUGCAACAUAUGUCUGGCAUCAUACCCUAAAUCACAAUUUGCCAAUUUGAAGGUGGUGACGAAGAGUGCCGACGAUGCAUUUCCUUCCAAGUUGAAACUGGCCAGAUCAGUUGUCAAAACGAGUUUGAAGAAAGAUGAAUUGGAUGAAGGUGCCACCAUUAAAGAGAAAUGUCCUAAAUGUGGCAACGAAGAAAUGCAGUAUCAUACAUUGCAACUUCGAUCUGCUGAUGAAGGUGCUACAGUUUUCUACACCUGUACAGAAUGUGGAUACCGAUUUAGAACCAAUAAUUAA